CUCUACACACAAAGUCUAUAUAAAUCAAUUCCAAAUUACCGUUGCUGAUACUUAUUUAAAAUAAGAGUAAUAAUCAUAUAAAUGGCAAGAGUUACAAGAAUAGCCCUCGAUUUAGCAUUAGUUUCCGUGGAAAAGCUCCGACCUGCUGUUGGCAAACUUUGGAGUGCAACUAAAUCAGUAGUCGUGAAAACAUCGGCAAAACCACUCGUUUGCAAUGUCGUUGUUGAUAAACUAGAAAUUGCGGUAGAUAAAUUUGGAGGCCUAAUUGAGUCGGCUAUAACGACUCUUCGAAACAAACAGUUACCUAGAGAAGAAAAGUAUCUAGAAAAGGAAUUGGAUAAAGUAAGGCAAAGGAUGUCCUCAGGGGAUGGCAGAAUCGAACACAGAAAACGAUCAACGAGUAGGUCAUUAAGACCGAUAUUAGGAACUGCAUGGCAAUAUGCAAAAGUCGAAAUGGUACCGCCCACGACGCUCGGCUUUUUUAAUGGAGCCCCAGGAAAAAAAUUAGAAGCUACCGUAACGAAAUCUGUGGAUGGUUUUAUCUCUGGCCUAGACACAAAAAUAAAAGAACUUGACGCCGCAGAAUUGAAAGAAAAGCAAGAAAAGGAAGCUGCUAUUAUAGCAGCACAGGAAAAAGCUAAGGCUCAAGCUAAAGCUAAAGAACUUGAGAGGAAAAAAGAGGAGGAAGAAAAACGUAAAGUAGCUGAAAAAGAAGCCAAGGCCAAAGCUGAAGCUAAGGCAGCGGAAGAAGCCAAAAAGGCUGAGAAAUCAAAAGAUCCACCAAAACCAGCUAAAAAGGCUGCUCCAAAGAAAAAGCCACCUGCGAAAAAAUGAUUUUCGUCUUUUGUUAUAUCUUGUGAUACUGUUUCGAAUAUUAUGUGUUUUAAACUAACUCGUAUUAAAGUAGUAAAAAUAAUGUGUCAUUGAAUAUAGUAAAAGCUGCAGUCUAAUUUAUG